ACCCCAACAACUACUGUGUCUCGGUGACGGUGCAUGCGUCAAAGACUCUUGGCCUGUCGGUCUACAACAUCUACGCACCUCCAGCGCGCUGGACAACAGGCCAGAGCACCCAGGAGCAGGGAUUCCAGCCGGAUGGGAUCAGACUGGAGCACCCUGCCGUGGUGUGCGGUGAUCUCAACGCACACAGCCUCAGCUGGGACACCUACCAGCCCGAGACAGCCCUCGGAGAGGCCAUUGAGGACUGGGCCGUCGACAACGGCAUGACCAUCCUCAAUGACGGCGGAUGCACCAGGCAAAACCCCAGCACCGGCGGAGUCUCGGCGCCAGACGUCUCACUGGCCUCCAGGGACCUCCUGCGAUCAAGAGACGUCACCUGGGUGACGCAGCGAGGAAUCGGCUCUGACCAUCUGCCGAUCCUCGUCACACUGUCUUCGUCUGUGCAACGUCCACGACGGGAAGGCCGAGGCCGGUUCUCCCACCGGAGUGCGGACUGGCCCAAGUUUCGGGAGGAGCGGGAUCAGCUGAUCAACGCCUGGUCGGUCCAGCCAACCUCCCUGAACGAGGCCGCCAACAGGCUAGCAGCCACUAUCCUGCGGGCGGCCAGGGCCAGCAUCCCCUUCGGAAACGGCCGAGGUCGACGCCCGCCCUUCUGGAACCAAGCCUGCCAGGACGCAACCGAUCGACGGGAAGAGGCACGGGUAGCCGCAUCCCGUAGCCGCUCUCGCGCGGACGUCCUGCGCUACCAGGAGGAGCGGGCAGCGGCCGAUAACGUCGUGGACAACGAGAAGACCGCCUUCUUCCGUCAAAAGGCGGCAGAACUCAAGCCGGACGGAGACAUGUGGCACCUGAUCCGCAUCAUGGACGGCCGGCGUCCUCCAGCAAAGCCGGCCGUAGCCAUCUCAAGACCGGGCACGGAGGGACAACCUGCGCAACCGACGAGACCAGCCGUCACCGACAAAGAGAAGGCAGAACUCUUUUGCCAGGCCUACGCGCAGGUGUCCCGCCUGCCCAAGGACAAGACCUCAGAUCAUUCCAUCAAGAUCGAGGCUAGACGAGCCACGAGCCAGACGUGCUGCAACGGCGGUCGUGACGCCUUCUGCUCGCCUAUCUCCCGCAGAGAGCUCCUGCUCGGCAUCAGGAAACUGCGGAAGGGACGCAGCCCCGGGGUCCGACUCGUCAUCAGCUGCUCAGCGUGA